AUGAACUCAAUACAUCCGGCCAACGAGUGGCUGGCCAUGCACGACACAUUCUACCGCAAACACCGCAUCUACCAAAUGCAGUGGGCCGAGCUCGACUUGUCAAAAUUCCGCGUUGCUGCGUCGUCCUUUGGCGGGCCCAUUGCACUGUUUCGCGACGACAGGCAGCUGCUUGAGGCCGGAUCUGGCCCGCUGCUGGACUCGGCCAUCCGCGUGUACUCGGCCAGCGGUAAUCUCAUAGGCAAAAUCGAGUACGACGGCCUGCACAUUGCAGCAUUCAGCUGGAACGCGCGCGAGCAGCUGCUGUGCGUGCAGGAGGACGGCAACGUGCGCGUGUUCUCGCUUGACGACUCGCAUCAGGCGUCGUUCUCGCUCGGGCCUGAGGCCAAGGAGAAGGGCAUCAUUGACGUGCGCUUCUGGGAUCAGGGUCUGGUUGCGCUGACAGGCGACUACCGCUUUGUCUACGUCAACGACAUUGGCGAGCCCAAGCCCAAGAUGCUGGCAAACGCGCAUAUCACGGAGAUGCCGCACUCGUGGACCAUUGUGCCUCCGCAUCUGACGCUGAGCCACCACGUCGAGGUACUGGUGUCGGUCGGCGCAACUAUUCUGUCAAUAGAUGCUGCUGGCGUGCAGGACCAGCUGCUUGACCAGGGCCCCUACGCCUGCAUAUCGGUCUCGCCUAACGGCCGCCUCGUGUCGCUGUGCUCGGACAGGAACUGCGUGCAGGUCGUGUCAAUGGACUUUCAGCGCUCGUUCUCCGAAUACCACCACGAGCAGCCGGGUGAUGUGCCCGUCGAAAUUGCCUGGUGCGGUAGCGACGCCGCCGUGGUUAACUUUAGCUCACAAGUGCUUCUUGUUGGGCCAUUUGGUGAGACGUUGUCCUUUCCGCACGACACGCCCGCGCACCUGGUGCAGGAGCCUGACGGAGUGCGCAUAUUCGGUGCCCUGGAGCACUCGUUCCUGUGCAAGGUUGGUGCCGAGUCCAAAAGUGUCUUCCAGAUUGGAUCCACCUCGCCGUCAGCGCUGCUCUACGACGCGCUUGAGAGUAUGCGCCAGCACUCGUCGAGGGCCGACGAGAUUGUACGCAGCAUCCGCGACGAGAUGCCGGCCGCAGUCGACACUUGUAUAGCCGCGGCUGGUGCCGAACCGAUUGUCGAGUAUCAGCAGUCGCUGCUGCGCGCGGCCUCCCUGGGCAAGUCAUUCUUGGCCAUGUACAACGGCGACAAGCUGGUCGACAUGUGCCGCAGCCUGCGCGUUAUAAACUGCCUGGCGUCGUACGAUGUCGGAAUCCCGGCAACACUGAUGCAGUUCCAGAGUCUGCCUUUUGAGGAGUGGGUGCAGCGCCUGCUCAACCGCAACAAGCAUCAGCUGGCGCUGCACGUAUGUCGGUACAUGGAGGAGCCGUCAGACCAGGUGUACAUCCACUGGGCGUGCGCCAAGAUCCGCGCGUCCUCGACCCUGGAUGAUGACGCGCUGUACCGCGUGCUGCGCGAGCGGCUCGACCACCUGCAGCCAGCUGGCAUCUCUUCGUAUGUCGACAUUGCCGAGGUUGCCAAUACCUGCGGGUACCAGCGGCUGGCCAUCAAACUGCUGCAGCACGAGCCGCGCGCCGCCAACCAGGUGCCGCUGCUGAUCUCAAUGGGCCAGGAGGAGGCUGCCAUGGCCGAGGCCAUCCGCAGCGGCGACUCGGACCUGGUCUACUUUGUCAUCUUCCACUUGUUCAAGGCCAUGCCGCUGGCAGACUUUUUCCAGGUCAUUGGCCGCACAAAAGUCGCCGGCCAGUUGUUCGAAAAGUACUGCAUCGACCAGGACGCGCCCGUUCUCGAGGACUACUACUUUCAGGACGACGCCUUUGCCAAAUCAGCGCGCCUCAUCCUCAUUGAGAACCUUGGCGAGCGGGACGUCGCCAAGUUGGUUGCCAACCUUAAAGUUGCGCUCAAGAUGCUGCACAACGACAAGACUGCGGCGCUCGAGACACAUGCGAUGGACACACAGAUCAAGCUGCUCCAGACACAGCACCAGCUUGAGCAAGACACGCCAGGCCAUAUUUUUGUUGGGCUGCCGCUGAACCAGACCCUGGCACUGUGCUUGACGCUGGGCAACUACUCGCGGGCAUCCAAGCUGCGUAACGAAUACAAGGUCCCUGAACGCCGCUACUACUGGAUCAAGCUGCACGCGCUUGUCGUGCGCAGGGAUUGGGCCGAGCUGGCGCGCCUGGCCAACGCCAAAAAGUCGCCCAUCGGCUACCGCCCCUUUGUCGACGAGUGCAUCCAGGCACUGCAGUACCAGGAAGCCGCCAAGUACAUUACGCGGUGCGAGCCGCCGUCCGAACGAGCAACUCUGUAUCUCAAGAUUGGCUUCUACCACGAGGCCGCACAGGCUGCGGCUGCGUCCAAGGACGUGGACACGCUGAGGCAAGUCCGCUCGGCAGCGAGAGACCCCACGCUGCAACAUGACGUCGCGCUGAUGAUCGACCAGAUAACGUCUCGCUCGUAG